UAUCUGGUAGCCGAUGUAUUUAACCAAAUCGCUUCUUCAAACCCGGUUCACCCGACUUGUUUCGUCAACAUCGGACUUUAGUUCCUCCGUUGUGUGUAUCUCUCAAAGAUACCUGAAGAGUGAAGAUAGAGACAAAUCUUUCAGUUCGUGCCUGCCUAUACAUAUAUAUAUAUAUAUAUAUUUUCUCAUACUUUGCAAAGCUAUAUAUCCUUGGUGAGCAGCAGAACUGAUUUGCGGAGAAAUGAAGUCUUCUGCUCAAUCUAGAAUCUCGAAUCUCCAGAAUCAUCUUUCACCUCUUGAGGCAAACACCAAGCAGCUCAGGAGUCUGGUCAAGAUAUCUCCACAAGUAUCUGAAGCCUUAUCCAAUGGGCGCGCUGUGGUCGCGCUUGAGUCAACCAUAAUCUCCCAUGGGAUGCCUUACCCUCAAAAUCUGCAAACAGCAAAAGAGGUGGAGUCAAUUGUGAGAGAAAAUGGAGCUAUCCCUGCAACUAUAGCUAUCCUGAAUGGAGUACCUUGCAUAGGUCUGAACGAAGAAGAAUUAGAACGUCUUGCAUCUCUAGGAAAAAGUGUCCAAAAGACAGCAGGCAGAGACAUACCACAUGUUGUGAGUCACUUCUGGUGACUUUUUAUUUUACUAUCUGCACCAUC